AAAUUAUUGACAUAUUAUUGUUUGACUUUGACAUUUAGAGUUCGAGCGAGUUUCGAUUUUAUUAUUUCGGAUUCACAUUUCUUGCAAAAUAAUAAACUGAACACUAAUAAUUGAAAGCAAUAACAAAAAUGUUGAAGGGAAUGGUAAGCCUGGUAACCGGCGGUGCUUCAGGACUUGGAAAGGCCACAGUGGAGAGAUUUGUGAAGAAUGGCGGGAAGGUUGUCAUCCUUGACAUUCAGGGCACAAGAGCUCAGCAGGUGGCUAAACAACUUGGCGAAAACGUAGCUGUGGCUACCGGUUGUGUGACAUCAGAGGCCGAUGUAAAGAAAGCCUUAGACAUAGUGAGAGACAAGUUCGGCCGGCUGGACACACUGGUCAACUGUGCAGGCCAGUCGAAGACACAUCAAGUGUACAACUUCCAUAAAGACAAGUCAUGUGAACUGGAUGAUUUUGUUAAAUGUAUAAAUGUAAACACAAUAGGCACAUUCAAUACAAUACGGUUAUCAGCCGGUCUAAUAGGCAAGAACACGCCAGACGACAACGGUCAAAGAGGCGUCAUAGUUAACACGGCUUCAACGAUUGCGUAUGAAGGGGAUAUAGGUCAGGCGGCGUAUGCUGCGUCCACUGCAGCCAUUGUGGGCAUGACGCUACCGAUUGCGAGGGAUUUAGCGUCGCAGGGAAUAAGAGUUGUUACUAUUGCUCCAGGUUUUUUCGACACCCCUCUCAUGAACUACCUUCCAGAAAAAAUGCUAGAGUUUAUAAAACGUAUGACACCAUUCCCCUCUCGGUUAGGAAAGCCCGAGGAGUUCGCGCAUCUAGUGACGAGCGUGGUUGAGAACCCCAUGCUGAACGGAGAGGUCAUACGACUGGAUGGGGCGCAACGAUGGUUCCCGUUGUAGUGUAGUUGUAGAUAUAAGACUGUUCUGUUAAUAAAUCUGUAGAUAUUUAGA